CUCAGCCACAAAUUUCUGCAAGUGUACAAAAAGUCAAAUAAUAAUAAAUUAAGGAAAAAAACAAUGAAUAACAACGUCAUAUUUUUACUAAUUAUUUGCCUAACUCUCCUGCGAAGGAUAGAAACGGAUUCAGACACAGAAUCGCGAAAUGAUGAAAAAGAGAAACCCCAUCAAGUCCUCCCAGAGAAACCCCAUCAAGUCCUCCCAGAGAAACCCCAUCAAGUCCAUGGUUUAUACGAUGAAUUUAUGCAACGCCUUAGACCACUGAACUUUGUCAUCCAAAAGGAAAAUAUUCCAACAAAGGACACACGUUCCGCCAUGGGCAGUACCAGCCUAUAUGACAUUUUCAAGAAACGCCUAUCGUGUAUUACCAAUCCGUACGAUCAUCAGUAUGCGGAUAUAACAAAUGAUGAAUUGGAAACUAAUUUUAUGGGUGAUGAUGGAAAACGAUGUGAUCAUUGUUAUGGAGAAUAUUUGAAAAAUAAGUCAUCUGCAGAUGAUAAUAGAAUUGAUUGGAAUUUAACUGAAAUAAAUGAAUAUUAAGGGAAUGAUAUGUUAACUUCGUAA